AUGCGGCGGGCGCUCGGCAUCCUCGGCUGCUGCCUGGCGCUGCUGCCGCUGCUGCUGCCCGCGGCGCGGGGCUCCCCGCACCGCCUUCGCCGGCAUCCGCGCCCGGACGGGAGCCGCUCCGGGGGCCUCGGCACCGCAGACUCUGCCUGCAAGAACCGGCCCCUCGACCUCGUCUUCAUCGUAGACAGCUCCCGCAGUGUCCGACCUGAAGAGUUUGAGAAAGUGAAAAUUUUCUUAUCAAAAAUGAUUGAUACUCUGGAUGUUGGUGAAAGAACAACCCGUGUGGCAGUCAUGAAUUAUGCCAGCACUGUCAAGGUAGAGUUCCCCCUCCGGACCUACUUUGAUAAAGCAUCAAUGAAAGAGGCUAUAUCGCACAUUGAGCCCUUGUCUGCUGGCACAAUGACCGGCCUUGCCAUCCAAACUGCCAUGGAUGAAGUCUUCACGGAGGAAAUGGGCACCCGGCCAGCAACCUUCAAUAUCCCCAAGGUGGUCAUUGUUGUGACAGAUGGACGGCCACAAGACCAGGUUCAAGAUGUGGCAGCAAGCGCCCGGACAGCUGGCAUUGAGAUCUACGCAGUGGGGGUAGACCGGGCAGACAUGCAGUCCCUGAGGAUAAUGGCCAGUGAACCACUGGAUGAACAUGUCUUCUAUGUGGAGACCUAUGGUGUGAUCGAAAAGCUGACAUCCCAAUUCAGAGAGACUUUCUGUGCUGCAAAUGUGUGUGCUCUUGGGGCCCAUGACUGUGAGCAGGUCUGUGUGAGUAACAGCGGAUCCUACCUUUGUGAUUGCUAUGGCGGCUACGCUCUGAAUCCAGAUAAGAGAACCUGCUCAGCUGUGGACAUGUGUGCACCUGGAAGGCAUGAAUGUGAUCAGAUCUGUGUGAGAAACAAUGGAUCCUAUGUCUGUGACUGCUAUGAAGGCUACACCCUGAAUUCAGAUAAGAAGACUUGCUCAGCCAUGGACAUGUGUGCACCUGGAAGGCAUGAUUGUGCACAGGUCUGUUUGAAUAAUGAUGGAUCCUACAGCUGUGACUGCUAUGAAGGAUACACUCUGAAUGCAGACAAGAAGACUUGCUCAGCUGUGGACAUGUGUGAACCCGGAAGGCAUGACUGUGAUCAGGUCUGUGUGAGAGACGAUCUGUCCUAUACCUGUGACUGUUACCAAGGCUACACCCUGAACCCAGACAAGAAGACGUGCUCAAGAGCCACAGUGAGCAGUCUCGUAACUACUGAAGAGUCCUGUAAGUGUGAAGCCAUAGCUGCCCUACAGGACUCGGUCACCUCACGCCUUGAAGCUCUGUCUACAAAAUUAGAUGAAGUGUCUGAGAAGCUGGAGGCAUAUCAAGGCAGGCAGCAGGUUGUCUGAGCUAUCAUUUUACUUAAUUUUCAAAUACUCUUUCAGAAUCAAUGCUUUUUAUUGAGUUCAGCAAGCUUUAUUUUGUGGCACAGCUCACAAAACAGCAGUUGGUUUGUUAUUACUGACAAAUAAUAUGUCAAGAAGACUUCAGGAAGACAACAGACCCUGAGGAUCUUCAUGCGCAGUCGCUUUAUAACCAUAAAGCUAUCUAUACCUGCUGUGCUUUGUUGUACAAGCAGUACAGCAGGUACUGCUUUUCUGCAAUAACUGCAUUUUUAUUAUCUUGUUUAAAAGUAAAUACAGAAAAAAAGAAAAAAAAAGAAUGGAUACAGUAUAUGACAUUGUAUAAAACUGUGAAAUAGCAAGGCAGAGUAAAUAAUGUGUCCAUGUCUUCUAUCCAUUAAAUGAGAAAGUAAGUUGGGGUCUUGUAAUGUAUUUUAACAAAAUAAAUUAUGUUAUGCACGCUGA